AUGGACCCUCUGCUAGUGUCCGACUCAUUGGACACCUCUUCCGACGACACACCUACCGAAGCCGAGGCAUCAUUGAGCCCAAAGACCAACCAUUCUUCUCACAACGCGGCGCUUCCCAUACAAUCAUCGGCAGAAAACGCGAAUCCGUUCUACGAACAUCUUCCGAAGGCUUUGGAAUGGGCCACCCAGCUCGGACCCAUGCCGGCGAGGUGCCUCGAAUCCAAUAUGCCAUCGCAGAUCAGGGACACAUCGUCAUUUUGGGGAAUGUGUUAUCCAUCCUGGGGCUUCUACAUUGAUGUCAUCAUGAUUGCAUGCGUACUCCUUUUGAACGUAGUCGCACCAGAGACGCGACGAGCACGCUUCCGACGUUCGGCAAUUGACCUGAUCGACCCGAAUUCUGAGUAUGUAUACCAGCGUAUUGUCCGCGGCGAGAUCAAACUGCACGUCUCUCCAGAGGGGCCGGACUGGUGGGGUCAAGAGGUCGCUGCAGGUAUCUGGCUGAGCAUACGGAUGUACUUCCAAUUGGGAUUCAGCAUCCUGGCGAUGUACAUUGCCUGGAUUUACGCCCAGUUCGUCCUCAUAAUCGUGCUCCUUGGCGCCCUCCUCUCUCGCGACUACCGCUGGCAUCCACAAUAUGUCGGCGCAGGCGUCACCUCUCUUGCCAUCGGCGCCCUCCUCGCCAUCCCACUGACGAAAGCCGGCCUCUUCAGCCGUGAACGCACCCACGGGCCCCGCACCGACAGCAUGACCUUCCAGCGACAAAUAACAUGGACCUCACACAUGACCCGACGCAUCAUCUUCACCACCGUCCUCCCCCUCGCCGGCCUCGCCUACACCCUGUCCUCCUCAGGCCCGUCCAAAGCGCACUACAUGCUCCCCAUCACCUUCGCCGCGCUCAUCGGCUUCCUCUCCGUGCUGGCCUGGGCCGAGACGCACGGCCUGGUCAUGGAAGCCUUCGACACGUGCGACCUGCAGCCGGGCACCAACACGCGGCACCGCCUGCAGAGCAUGGCCGACGUCGACCGCCGCCGCCGCACGGCCUACUCGUCGUUCCCGCGCGUCAGCGCCGCCUUCUUCGUCGCCCACGCCCUCGCCUUCGUCCUCGCCGCCGCCGCCACCGCCGUCGGCGGCGUGCUGACCCGCCACCUCGGCGCCCAGACCAGCACCGGCGUCGUCGCCGCCGUCCUCGCCGCCCUCACGCUCGCCCUCACCGUCGUGCUGUGGCGCUUCAGGGGCGUGCAGGUCAUCCCUGACGAGGUUUUCAGCGACUUCAACAAGCCUCGCCGCCCCGUGGUGCCGCAUGACAGGAUCGGCGGCGGCGGUAGCGAAGAGGAGAGCUGGCGGGCGGCUAUGAUGAGCGGCGGUGGUGGUGGUGGUGGAGCGGGUGGCCGCAAUGAUGCGGACGCGGAGAAGUUUGCUGGCGGUGGAAGACCGGCCGACUGGAAGCCCGUCAUCAUAGGCAAUCCGUCCGGCCGUGUGCGCAGGGCCAAUAUAUUGGAGCUGGGGAGGUGGAGUCGGUGGAGCGAGAUCAGGCGGUUGAAUGGGCUUUUGCCGGAGUGGGAUUAA